UUCAGCAUCUUUUUCCACAGCCGCCUUUCCGCAACGUGGAGUGUCACUCAGCCAGUGUGCGUGGGGCCGUGUAUAGUGGAGCAGCUCAGAUCCAACACCCCCCUCCACACCCCCCCCCCCCCCCCUCCCUCCUCCUCUUCCAAGCUUGGGACUUAUCUUAAUAUGGGAUACGGCUAAGUGGACGCGGGGGUCUCGCUGAUCUACCUCCGCUGAACAGCCAGCCGGCGGUCCCGACGAUUGCCCCGACUGCUCCUGACAGUGAAGAUGUCUCGUUCGGAGAGCGAGACUGCCACAGCAGCCCCGGAAGGGUUGCCCAAGGUCCCCGUGCCCCCGCUCAAGCAAACGCUGGACACCUACCUGAAGUGCGUGCGACACCUGGUGAAGGACGAGCAGUUCCACAAAACCAAGGCCAUCGUGGAGAAAUUCGGAGCGCCCGGCGGCACUGGCGAGGUUCUGCAGAAGAAGCUCCUGGACAGGAGGGACAAGAUGGAAAAUUGGGUGUACGACUACUGGCUGGAGGACAUGUACCUGAGCAACAGGUUGGCCCUACCGGUCAACUCCAGUCCCGCCAUGGUGUUUCCUAAGCAGACAUUUAAAGAUCGUAAGGACGCCCUCAGAUACGCUGCUCGUCUCAUCAGAGGUGUGCUAGAGUACAAGACCCUCACUGAUGCGCGAGCGCUCCCGGUGGAGUUCGCCCGAGGCCAGCUGGCUGGGACCCCUCUGUGCAUGGAGCAAUACUCCCGCCUGUUUACCUCAUACCGCUACCCGAGUCUGACGGCAGACACGCUUAAGGUCCGCGUGAACGCAGCCUCCGCAGCAUCGGAGCACAUCAUCGUGGCGUGCAAAAAGCAGUUUUUCGCGUUGGAUGUAGUCGCCAACAGCAAGCCGCUCGGUGAAACAGAGAUCUUAUCCCAACUUGAGAAAAUCGUGUUAAUGGCAGGAAACGCUGAAGAGCGAUCUCCUCCUUUUGGUAUCCUGACAUCUGAUGGGCGAACAGAAUGGGCACAAGCCCGAGACAUUCUGAUAAAAGAUCAAACCAACAUGGACUCUCUGGGCCUGAUAGAGACUUGCCUGUGUGUGUUAUGCCUGGAUGAGGCCAGCGGGACAAAGCCCACUGAUACCAACAGGGCUCUGCUCAUGCUACACGGUGGUGGGUGGGAAAAGAACGGCGCAAAUCGUUGGUAUGACAAGUCGAUGCAGUUUGUUGUAGGAAUGGACGGAAUAUGCGGAGUGGUGUGCGAGCACUCCGCGUUUGAGGGUGUGGUUUUGGUGCAAUGUUCGGAAUAUUUGACGAAACAAAUAACCAGGACCACAUUAGAGGCUGCCAAGCCAGCCAGUAAUCGAAAGCUUCCGGCCCCAAGAAGACUCUUAUGGAAAUGUAACGCCCAAAUCAAGGGACUCUUCGUGGCAUCCAGAGAGCGACUCCAGAGGCUGGUGAAUAAUCUGGACAUGAACGUUUUCACAUUCAAAGGUUAUGGAAAAGAAUUCAUCAAGAAGCAAAAAAUGAGUCCGGAUGCAUUUGUACAAGUGGCCCUACAGCUUGCAUUUUUCAAGUGCAGCGGAAGGCUGGUUUCCACGUAUGAGAGCGCGUCCAUCAGACGUUUCCGGGACGGCCGGGUGGAUAACAUUCGCUCUGCCACUGUUGAAGCCUUAGCUUUUGUCAAGUCAAUGACAGAUGAGAGGACCGCUUACGCCGAAAGUGAAAAAAUGAAACGACUGAGGGAUGCAAUAAAUGCCCAGACAAAUUACACAAUUGCAGCUAUUACAGGAAUGGCAAUAGACAAUCACCUCCUGGGACUACUGAAAAGCGCCAAGGAGCUUAACAUGGAGCGUCCUGAGAUAUUUUGCGAUGAAACCUAUCUGGCUAGUAACCAAUUCAUCCUGUCCACUAGUCAGGUGCCGACCACGGUGGAAAUGUUCUGUUGUUAUGGUCCGGUGGUGCCCAACGGCUACGGCGCCUGCUACAACCCGCAGCCAGACCACAUCGUCUUCUGCGUGUCCAGUUUCUGGGAGAGCACGCAGACGAGCUCGGCCGUUUUUGUCAAAGCGCUGAACGAGGGCCUGCUGGAAAUCAGGGACCUGUGCGACACUUGCGGCGGCGCCGCUACGACCAAGGUUGUGGAGGGCUGCCAGGGGGUAGCAAGCCUCACAGAUCAGGGACAUAGCGCAGCUACCACUCAACCAAUCCUCCACAAACUUAGAUUUUAGCUAGGUCAAGAUGGAUCGUCAUUGUCUGUGCAACAUAAUUAAUUUCAACCUCAGAAUUCGAGGCCUGAACAUUAUCAUGAGAUUAUCGUAGGUAGAUAUGAUAUUAGUUUUGUGACUGCCUGACUUGGCAGACAAACUGGUCAGCAGCCUUUAGGAAACCAAAGCCAUGUUCUCCUCUUUCAGAGUGACUUGAGUGAUGUCCAGUAUUGUACACAUAUUCACAUAAUCGUGGUUCAUAAAUAUAGUAGUGGUGGCCAUCUCUGCUCUUUUAAGGUACCAAAUGCAUGGGCGCCACUGAUAUACUCUAUAAAGUGUAUAGCAGAACACAUGCCAAACGUUUUCACUAAACAUGUGCCAUUCUGUUCUAUUUAUGAUCCAUUUCAUAUGUGGAAUUCAGUUCUGUGCAAAUGUGAUGCCGCUGAUACUAAAGUUGCCAAAGAGACUGUGUGCAGAAGCCACACAUGCUAUUCUAUAAAUGUAGCUAAUAGAAUAGAAAUGACGAUCAGUGUUGGAGUCUUGAGAUGUGUAUGUAGGUGUGUUCUUGAUUAUAGCAAUAAUACUUUAAAGCAAGACAUAGUGUAAGUGGUGAAUGAGGCAAACCACUGUGUUCAUGUGUACAGGAAAUUAAGUUAUUUUUGUAGACGUACCGGUAGUUGUCAAGUAGGGUCAAUGCGCAAUACCAUAUAUAUUAGCCCAGUGAGGGUAUACUAUAUGUGCAAUUUAUCACAUUCUUAUAUUUAUUUGUCAAAGGACCAAGGUGCCAUUUCUUUGAUAGUUGUCAUUACUAGAGUUCUAUUUACAAUUGUGGCGGGUAGUUCUGGUGGAGUUUAAUGUUUAACGUAAUGUAAGUCAAUUGUUGAACUGUCACAAAUCAUGCAGCAGUGUUGUCAUCCUGUCCAUGUCACACACUUGUACACAUAAAAUUUGAAAUGUUUCUAUAGUACAAUGCAGAUAUUUUUUUCUAUUUCCAUUUCAAUCAAGACAGCACUAAGCAAAACAAAUGCAUGUCUAGUCCUAUAAAGGACCUGUAGUUUUAUAUGUCCAAAGCUUAUAUUAUGUUAUAAAUAUAUUAUUGUUAAAUUGUGCUAUAAAAUAUAUUAUCUAAGAGUAUUCAGAAAACAAUUAUGCCUUAAGAGAAGGUAAAUUUAUUUUACAAUAUCUUCCAGCUGUACUAAGUAAAUAUGUCUAUUGGGAGUUUUACAUCGGCUGUUUUGUUCGGAAUCAUGAAAAGUAAAGAAUGUGCUGUCUGUGUUGUUCAAUCAUUGAUUGUGUAGGGAAUAAUAAUUGCAGCAUAUAAGAACAGAGCACUAUAUUGAGCCAGUCAUGAAUGUAUAGUUAUAGGUCAGAAGUAAGAGUAUUUUCUUGAAUAUUAUCUAAUUAAAAUGUGCUAUAAUACAUUUUUUUUUUUUAUCAUGAAUUUUUGUGUACUUGUCUGUUGUGUGCACUAUUCUAAACCUGGAAUUUCCCCAUUGAGGAACAAAUAAAGGCUUAUUGUAUACUGUA